GUAGUGUAGUAAGCUGUGGCGUUGUUAACGCGUCAGACGCGUGUGAGUGCGUGCGUGAUGGAUGCGGUGCGCGCGUGAGGGGGGCGGGAGCGCGUGGAUCGCUCGAGCUCCUCUCGAUCGUUUUCUGACGUGAGAAAGACAAAAGGAAGAAAAAAACCGGCGAAGAAAAACGGGUUCGUGUUCGCUGGAUUUUAAGGCCCGUUCGGUUCCGUGAGGCGGUUUGUGCGCGGCGCGUGAUCCGCGGGUUGGUGCGGCUGGAUCGGCGGAACGCGGGACUCGAGCCCGGGGAGAUCAGACGGGCCUGUCCGACCAUCUCAAGCUUCCCGUUUCCAGAGAAAGAAAGAUACCCUCAUAUUGAGAGGAUUGUACUGAACAAGCAACUGGAUGGCAUGCCACUGACCACCAACUCCACAGAAAAACACCUUACAGUUAUAGACAAUGACUGAACGAGCAUAGAAAAAAUUGAGAAGACAAGGGUCCUGCAGAAGUGAAUUACAAACAUGGGAAAAGGCAAAUAUUUGAGUGAAGUCUGAAAAUAUUCUGUAUCAAAGAUUUCAGAGAAAUAUGACUCGAGAGAGUGCCGAAAAUCCCCUUGACCCAGGAAAUAUGAGGAAAACUCAUGAGCUGAUCUUUCUCAAACUAUUUACAGUGUCAGUGAAAAUGUGUGCCAACCGCAGGAUGAAUUUUUGUUGUUGUUAAUAACCUGUCAAUGAACUAUUAUAAUUUCAGUGCAUGGCUGCUAUACAUACAUUUGCACAGUUACCAAAUGGCAAAGAGCAGUAUCACACUACAGUAUCAAGAUAUUAACAUUCUCUUAAUGAGAUGAAAUUCAGUUGCAAUUUUGGUGGAAUAUGUUUACUUCUUGGCUGGUAGAGACAUUUUGUGACUAAACCUGUCUGCAUUUUCCAUAACUCUUCAGAGCUAGUGCUAAACCACUUUAUGGAAAACAGCAAAUGAAUCCGCUGGUUUUGUAAAGCUCAGUUUGGAUCAGCAGGCAUUUGCUAGUGUCUCCUGCGAUACUGCUACAGAUGUGACUACAGUUUCACUUUGUGUCAUUUUUCUAUAAACACAAGGCUAAAACAAAACAUUCCAAUUUACCAUUUGGAUUUUUUAUAAGAAAAGUUGCCAUCCAAAACAACAACAAACAAACAAAAAAAAAACAUGCAGAAUUUUCCUAAUAGUCCAGUCCCUCUUCAUCCAGGGUUUAGUCGAGGAGGAAGUGUGGUCAGUUCCUCAUAUCAGCCCCACCCUUCAGACCUUCAGAUAUCCCCCAGAGCCUCAGAGGACUAUGUUGCCAUGCAGCAAGCUCAACCUAACCUGCAGAGUCACGGGCAGCACCUUCAACUACGGAGCCAGCAGCAUCUUAUACAUACUCCUAUACAUGGUUAUGGAUCCAGAAGAGGGACUGGAGAGAUGACACAGGGAAAUACUCACAGUGGAGGUGCUGGAAACUCUUACCGUAAGGAAAGUAUGGAUUAUUUUUUUCCAGUGAGUGGGCGGGAAAGAAGCCGAAGAGGGGGAGCUGGAUUUGGUGCAGGCUUUAGGUACACAAACAUUGAUGGACAUGCACCUCACCAGUACCAACAGUCAUCUGGAAUGAUUUCUCCCUACCCUAUGGAUUACAGCUCCAGCAGUGGCUCUGGAGUUGGAGGUAGUAAUAGUAGCAGUGGCGCUAGUUCGUUUUCUCCCUCCCAGCAAUACAGUGUGGCUCAUAAUACUUCAGUGCAAUCAGCUGUUCAAAUGCAUCAACGGCAGCAUAGUCAGAAAUAUCCCUCACAUCAAGGAGUACACCAAGGUCAGCUUCACCAGGCAUACCCUCUGUCUGGGAACAGAAUACAGACUCAGUUUGGACACUAUGCCCCCACUAAUGCCACCUCGAGCUCUACUCGAAUGUAUAACUCGCCACCACAAAGAUACGAUGUGAGCAGUAGCAGCACGGAUGCCAAAAUUAAUAACUCACCCACUCAGUCUAAUCUAAAUUCUCAUUCAAGUUCAAACAAUUUUGAGAACAUGGGACAAAGUUACUCAUCCUCUACUCAUCCGCCAUAUUCGCCACAAUCUCAGUCCGUUAACAAGCAUGCCCCCCACUCCCAGCGUGUCUCUCAGCACAGCACUGGAGCAGGUUAUGACCCUUCCCUUAAAGUGCAUCAUCAUUUACACACUAAAUUGCCCCAUUCUCCUAUCCCAUCCAGUCCUGCUCUGCCUCCACAUACCCCCCAAGACAUUGCCAAAUCUCCAGUGCAUUCCCAAAACCAAGCGGCUCAUACCCAACAAAACUUCAGUCCCAUAUCUAACUCCUCCCCUGCUCCAUCUGCUGUACAGUCUCCGAGCUGCAGUUCGUCCUCCUCUCCUCUGUUGGAGAAUUCAGAGGGAAACAGUACAGCUACUCAUAUGCAGCCAUCAUCCCACCCCUCUGUUCCAAACAAUCACAACAGUCAAAGCCAUGGACGGCUUCUGCAGGCUGUACCUCAGCUGAGUCCAACUCCCAAUUCUAACAGCAGCAUCAGUAGUUGUGGUAGCAGUGUAGGAGCUAAAACAGCUAGUUUGAACCACAGCACAGGGAUUGGUCACUGUGUCGUAAGUCAGAGCAGAAUAGGACUAGGUCCUCGGGAGGGACCAGGGGAAGAUGGCUCCCUUUACCCUCAUGACAAACUCUUGCAGGAUCCUGGUCUAAAUAGCCUCAAUGCUCUCACCUCUCAAGUAGAAAAUUUGCCUAAUACAGUGCAACACAUGCUGCUAACAGACAACGUGCUGUCCCAGAAGAAGAGCAGGGAUGGUGCACAUCAUAUUCAGAUGCAGCAGUCUGUGCCUGGUAACCAGAACAAAUGUGGAAAUAUGACCACAGUGAAUGAAGUGAGUUCAGAGAUGGAGGAAACCAAAGGGGAUCCAGAAUUAGAACUGAAGAGAAUUAGGCAGGCAAGUGGAACUAGCAAUGAGUCUGAGUCUCGCAGCUACCGUUCAUCACACAGUCAGAUUCAGUCAGAACUGAGUCAGCAUGGAUUGGAUAUCAAGGUCAACAGUGGAGUCAUUUCAACAGCUUCAAAACAAUCUACCAGUGAGUCUUCAACACCAUUUCCUCAAACAAAGACACCAGAAACUCUCACUCCUUCUUCCUCCUCAUCACCAUCGGUUCAUCCUUCUGCUGAACCCAGCCCCAAACAACAGUUGUUUUCCCCUCCACCACCAUCUCCUACUCACUUGGCACAUCUAAACUGUAUUCCUAAAAGAGAACUUGAUAAUAAAGAUAAUAAUGGAAUGAAGGUGCGAAAGAUCAAAAUGAUAAAAGAUGAAGAAAGCGAGGUUGAAAGUGGAGAUCCUCCCUGUCUUGGAGAAAAUAGAUCUGAGAAUAUAUUUGCCGGCACAAAGGAAAUUCAGUCAGCCCUUCCCACAAAAACAGAAGCUGAGACAGAUGGAGAUGGGGGCAAUGCACAACAGCUUCAGAAUCCAAGCAAAAAUGUAAAUGUUUUGGAACAACAUAAUGUUGGGGGUGUUGGGGUUAUUGUCUCUGCACGUUCUGAACUACAUGCUGAAUCAAGUAAGCACACAGGAGCCAAAUCCCCACGUUAUGGUGUUUCUCAUUACCCAAACAAACACAGCUGUUCUGAGGACCAACAUGAUGUAAAAACCUUAAGAGCGGCAAGAAAUCAUAAUGGAGAUGGGGAAAUCAGCAUGGAAACCUAUGGUUCACAAUAUAUUUCCCCUAAACAAGAAUUUGGCCAAAACUUACCCUUAAGUCAUUGUAACCCUUCAUAUACAUAUAGUAAUCCCAAGUUACAGUACAAUGCCUGCAUGACUGCAAAGAACAAAGGAAAGUUUGGAACAGGAAGUGGAAUGGGCCCAGAUAGAUACCAAAGUUAUUAUCAGCUGCAGGCCAGCUAUGGAUCUAUUGCUAGGAAGGACAUUGGUAUUUUUGCUGUGGAAGGGGGGAGGGCGAUUGUAUCAAGAGGUCAGGAUAGCAAUUCUCAGUUUCAGCAAUCAUUUCCCAGUCUUUUGCAAGAAGUCCUCCAAGGUCAUCACUUUGAUCGACGCUAUGGACGUCCCGACCAGACAUCUAGUGUUCAACAACCUCAAGAUACAUCCCAGCAUCGUUAUCAAACGAGACUGCCUUACAGUAUAAUUGAAAAUUUGAGUACCAUGGGCCCUCAACCAGUUAUGGGCGGACUUAAUGUCCAGUUAAAUCAAAUGGCCUCUGGAAAACCACCAAAUUCAAAUCAAAAUCAGGGACCAGAUAAUGAGAUGGUUCUAGAACCUCCUCAUCCCGCUUGGGAUUCUGAAGCACAAAGGCCCAACCUGACUCAUAGUAUAUCCUUAGAAAAAAGCAAAAGUAGCAUGGCACUCAGCCAGUCAACCCACAUGCAGCAGCCUUCAGAUCUCACAAUAGGAGCCCCUCCAAAGCACAUCAACUUGGCUGACUAUUCUUUGCAACACCGAAAACCAUCGAGAUAUGGUACCUCUCCCUCUGCUGUGGAACAACUACUUCUACAGGAAACUGAACCAUUGGCAUGUGGUGUAGGUCCUUUGAGUCAGACUCAAUCUCAGACAACAUCAUCAUCAGGAAGACGUUCAGUCAUCUGUGAUGUGUCCCCUUCUCGACGGACAACUCCAGAGAGAGAAAGAGGACACUCAGGAACCUCUGGACCUUCAGUCAUUCAGCAACCAUUUUCAUCUUCUGGAUCAAAUGAACAGGAAUAUUGCAAGGGUGAAAUAAAAACAAAGAAAGAACACAACAACGAGGACUCAUCAAAGAUUGAUCCUGCAGGUAAGAAUGCAGAUGAUUACUGCAGCACGCUGCCCCGUAAGGAAGUGAAUAAGUCUCUGCAUCCCCAUGUAGAUGUUGAUUCUAACUUUCAAAGAACCAGCCGUGCCAAAGGCAACAAUGAACCCACCAGCAACCUGCCAUACCUUUCUCAAAUGUCCUCCAAUCCCUUGUCCUCACCACCAAGUCAUCAGUCAUAUUCCCAGGCUGUUGAUGGUUUUCGAGCUUAUGGGUUCAGUGACACCAUGGAUGGGCCAAAAAUUAUGUCACACCCUUUAACACAUCGUCCAUUCCCCACAGUAUCACCAUAUUCUAAAAGCACCCCCUCUGCUAACAAGUUGCAAGCAUUUCCACCAAGUUUACCUCCUCAGGACAGACCAAACUGGACUCCUGACAGACAUAGACUGAAAGAUAUGGACAGGCACGUUCCCCAGAGUCUGCCUGACCAGAUGUGUAAAUCACAAUCUCCAAGUGAUAUUCUGCCUAGUCAGCAUCACAUAUCUCGACAGCACUCUCAUCCCGGUUCACGCUUUGACAUGAAAAUGUGGGAUGCAUAUCCUGAAAGAGAGGGAGCUGGAAAACCACCCACUGUAGUCCCUCAUGAGAAUUUUGUUUCUCAACCAGUCCCGAAUACUGCUCCCAAACAUGUAGAAGAGGACAUCUCAGAUAGGAGUGCAGAAGAAUCUGCCAAACCUUUUCAUUCAGUGGCUCCAUCUGGUGCUAUCAGCCCUGCUGGACACACUGGUAAGGCUACCCAAGGGAUUCAGCAGGGACAGAGACAAGCCAAAACUGGAGUAUCAGCUGAAACCAACCCUUUAAUAAUGAGAAGGAGAGUUAGAUCAUUUAUUUCUCCUAUUCCUGCUAAAAGGAAGCAUCAGGAUGUUUCAAGUCAAAGGCCAGGAUCAGCUUAUCACUCCCCUUUGUCCACCUCUGAUUCUAGACUUGCAAGCAACAGUUGCUCUGGCAGUAAUGAUACUCAGCCCAAAUUGGCAUCCCCUAAGCCACAUCACCCCAUAUCCAGUUCUAAUUCUCUUCCACAGUGCAAAACAAAGAUUCUCCCCCCAAGAAAAGGUUGUGGUCUAAAACUUGAGGCAAUUGUGCAGAAAAUCACUCCCAGUCUGAAAAAAGCCAACUUCAAAAAUAAUAGUCAUGGUGAUUCAGACUAUUCAGAAGUUUCUCAUUACACCUCUGACAUAGCAGACCCUGAGGGUGGCACACCAUUUUCAAAUGUUCCUCAGGGAGAGGAGGGCUGUUUAUCUUACCUUGAAGAUUCUCAUACUUUAGAUAAUCUUAUGCCAUUCAGAACUGUCAAAGACACUUAUGCUUGUGAUUCUCAGUCUCUUAAACCAGCUGCAACAACUUCCAGUAGUAGUGCCCUCAGAGGUUUGCCGAAAGAUUUUGACUUUGGAUUAGGUGCUGCUGGCUCUUCAGGGUCUUUGGUGGGUGAAAAUGAUAAGGAUGAUUUUACCUUGUUAGGCCCCCUUCCACCACCACCUCCAUUACCUUGUCCUGUACAGGAAUCCCCUCCUCCAUCUUCAUCUGCUUUGUCAGACAUACAGCAGUUCACAAACACUUACCAACAGCUGGAAACUAGACGAAGUGAGCAGUCGGCUGCUAACCUACUAAGGCAGAAACUGCUAGAGACUGGCAUGGGCUUUGAUGAUUACACAGGUGGGGACUAUUAUGGUGCUGACACUGGCCAUAGUCAGAGCCCUGGGCACCACCUCCUUUCUCGAGCUCCUCAGCACCAGAUGACCUCCCUCAGGUUGGCAGGUUCAGAGUCUAAAUCAUCAGAAAACAUUGUGCCCAAGGGUUAUUUCCCAUCGGGCAAGAAAAAAGGUCGCCCAGUAGGCAGUGUGAAUAAGCAGAAACGCGCCCAAGCUCAAAAUCAGAAUGCAGCAGCCAGCAUACCUGCAACCCCUCUUAGCUCACCUAUAACUGCCCCUCAGUCUGAACAAACCCCAAACACUGCAGAUGAGGUGCCCCGAACACCAACACCACCUGACCAAAAACCCUGUACAUCUUUGGUCCCUCCUGCUCAAACCCAGGUGGUGAAAGUGGAUGUUGAGAGUGAGGAGGCCCAACCAGAGAUGGAUGUGAAGCCUGCUGGACAUAGACAGAGAAAGGUAAAAGAAGGCAAUGAAACCUCUGGCUCAAUUAGGAGGCAGAGAAGGAAAAGGAGGGGAAUGGCUUCUAAAGAGCAUCUGGACACUCAAACUGACAGUAGGGUAAACAUGGGCCUGUGUGGAAUAUUCUCAGAUGCCAGGAAUAAUGUUUUCUCUCCUUACAUACAUGUGGAGAGAAAAAGAGCAGAGAUUGGGGCAGUCUGUACAAUAAUUAAUGCAGAAGAUGAAAAAUCUAAAGGUGGAGGAAAAUCAGGUCACUUUGGGGUCGAUGCCCCCUUAAAUACCUUGUUGUCGUCUCAGGUAGUGAGAAGAGAAAAGGAAAAUGAAAGAACAAAGGAAAAUUGGGUAUCUGAGAAGGUUGAUUCUGUCUCACAGUCAGGAAAGACACUUCCUACGUCUGGACAUGUUUUGCCAGGGCCUGUGAUAUCAGAGACAGGACACACUGGUUGUCUCUUAUGCUGCCUGUGCCAGAAAUGGGCCAAUUACAAAAAUCUUGGGGAUCUCUAUGGUCCCUUUUACCCUGCCGAGUAUGUAGCCAAGCUCCCUAAGAAUCAACCUCAAAUCCGACAAACUUUAUCCCACCAUGGGGCGGCUACAACAGGUUUCAUUAUGACAUCCAUUUCAACAGAAUUGACUCCCCAGGAUACAAGACUACAGGACCCUCAAAAUGUUAAGUCAUCUACAGACAGCGAUUGCACAGUAAGUCAGGCAACAAACCCAACAUCCCCAGCCACCACCAUUGGCACUGCCUCCCCCAGUGUGGCUGAGGAAAUGCUUCUCCAGAAUAUUAAGACCAGCUGCUCUACCUUAAAGGUGACAGUUGACACCUGGGAUCCGGCAGUAGAACUGGCAAGCGAACUGGGAGCAUCAAAAGUGCAAGAACUGGAUAGCGAGAUUGUACUGAAGCAGCUGCAGGUAGAGGAAUCACAGCAAAGGCCCCAUCACAGAAAACUGACAUCCCAUCCACGCUUUAAAAGGAGACAUAAAUCCAGCGAAGAUUUACCUCGAACUAUCCCUAUCAACAACAAAGCCUCUCUGCCCUUCCAGCCUCCCCCACCCAGCCUGGAUUCCCUGGGGCCAAUGGCACAAAUGGCUCAGCUCCCACUAGUGCCCCUGGACCCAGAGGAGCUGUGGGUGCAUGAGGGCUGCAUUGUGUGGACCAGUGGGGUGUACCUAGUCAAUGGGAGACUGUAUGGCCUUCAGGAGGCACUAGAUGGUGCUAGAGAUACGAACUGCUCUCAUUGUGAGAUGGUGGGCUCAACACUUGGCUGCUACAGUAAAGGCUGCACACUGAGGUACCACUACCUCUGUGCCAUAGAGGCAGAUUGCUCUCUAAAUGAAGAAAAUUUUUCUCUGAGGUGUCCAAAGCACAAGAGCAAUAGAAUUGCCAAGCCUGGAACUACGUAUCUGGAGCAGUCAGAGAGAGGGUGAACUUACACAAACAAAUCACACACAGAUCAGACGUUCCCCAGCAGAGAAACUACGCCUGACUGUGUGACUUUCAGCUGAACCGGAACACCAUCGUCAUGCUUACGGAUGGAGUUACCAUGAUUACAGAUGGAUACAUUUUGGAAUGUAAAGCUAAAAGACUUUUUCUAAACAACACUAAUAACUGUGAGAAAACUGGUAUCACAGAAAACAUGUUUUUCAUUUAUCUUCUGUUCUGUGGGGAGAAAAAACAACAGCAACACAAAAUGGGCCAACAACAAUCAAAGCUCUAGAUGGACAGAACAGACUUUCCUUCAAGAUGAAGAAAUGCUAACUGCCUUUUGAAACAUGAAUUCAGUUUGCAGAGAUUCAGCAGUCUUUGGCUUUGAGUCCCUUGUUGUUGUCUUUUGUCUUUGUUAGUUUAUUCUUGUAAAAACAGUGUUUUGGAGCGCUUUGGGAACAAAAGACCUGAAUGAGAGAAGGGGGCCAUGUGGAAAGAAAAAGGGACUGGCCGUGUAUUUACACCUUUUAUAUGUAGUAUUUUAUCAUAACUCAUAUUAUCAUUAUUUUAAACAUUGCUAUUGUUUUAAUCAGUAUUUUACCCUCAGAUUUAGACAGAAUUCUGAAUCUUCAUAUCACUAAUGAGACCGACUAAAGGACGGGGACCAGAAAGAAUGUCAGUCCAUUAUGACAUCAUUGAACAUUCUCAGUGACAUCACGUGUAAUGUUGAGGUCCAGUUGCCACAGAGACGAUGUUGUCAUGGCGACCAUACAUAUAUUGCCUUUUGAAGGUUUGCCCGUGUAUGUGUGUGUGUGUGUGUGUGUGCAAGAGAGUGAGAAAGUUUAGCUGUGUGUUUGCUUGUGUCUGUUUUUGCUUCUUUGAUAAGUGUUCUUACUUUUCUCCUCUAAGGAUUUUGUGCUACAGAUGAGAUCAAGGAGAAGCAAAUGGACCUGACAUUAUUUUUCAAAGGACGAAAAACUUGCAGAUAAACUCUGUAGGAUGGAACGCAUUAGGAGCUUCACUCUGUCUUAACUGGACUCCUGAAAUUCACCAUAUGUGAUAUGGUGAAAACUCGAAAUGCUUUUAAAAGAGGUUCACCUGUCAUUUCAUUUUGACAGGUGAAAAAGAAAAACAUUCCUCCACCAUUUCAAGGAAAAAAGUAGGCAUGAGUGCAAAACUCCAUCUCCAGAUAAUGGCUGUCAUUUUUAUUAUUCUUUUAAAAAUAAAACUACAAAGAAAAGAUGACCAUAUGAAAACAUGUUGUACUAGACCUGUACCUUUUCUAGUACCCUGUACUAGAAAACUGUCAAUAUGGUUCUGACUCAUUAAUACAGUUAUACAAUGGA